UUAACAAUCUGCUCGUUAGCGGCCCCAUCGAAGCAAUUAUUUUUUUAUUGGGCUAAUCAGCCCUUCAGUUCCAGCUGGGCGCCGACAAGCAGUCGGGUGGCGUUGAAGGAAUGUGGCUUAUUCUUUAUAUAGUGUUUUCAAUCGGGAUAAAUCAGGGUCAUGGAGAAAAAGAAGAAAAAAACAGCAGUCGAGUGCUGUCUCACGCCUUCACGGUGUCCCCGGACGAGAUCGUGCCAAUGCUGCCCGACGAGGGCAUGCAGAUCAGCACCGUCAUCGCCGGCCUCAUGCCCGACUCCUUCGGGGAAAUGUUCAACUUCCUCGACGGAGACAGCUUCGGAAUAGGUCCCAUGCACGAAUUCGUAUAUGGGUGGCAAGCGAUCGUGAACACCAUGAGUAUGAAGAACAACGUAGAGGUGCGCAAGCGCGCGGGGAUGCAGCGGUUCGCGCUGGCCGGCAUCAACGGCAUCACGCUCAUCUCGCACAUCGGCGUGACGGAGAUCAUGAUUAACGGCACCAGGACCUACUGCUACGGCGGCGUGUCGCGGCCCCCGGGCCGGCGGAGCGUCAUAUGCAAGGGUGCGAUGUACCAAGAAGGAAGAUUUUCGUGUAAAGUUCCGUAUCUUCGCUUCCCAACGGUUACGGGCUACAAAUAUUGUAUUGAUAAGUAUGCAGCGGUCAAGUCCAUGGACGGCACAUACAAAAAAACUUACUGUGCUCGAGGUGACGUGGUUCCCAAGUUCCAUUACGACUAUAUUUGUGAGCGCCGAGAGAUCAGAAUAAAGAAAAUCAACAUGUCUGAUCCUAACGAGCGGUUCAAUAUAAGGAACCCCGUCGUGAGGAGAGCGGAGUAUUACAGGGCACCAUACGACAUACUUAAAGCUUGCCCUGACUGGUAUGGGUGCAAUUUACGCAUAUCUCCAGAAUUGGCCCACGCUGAGCUGCCGCCGGCGCUCCUGCAAGCCAACGAUACCGAGUUCAUCGCCCACGGUGGUAAAUACUGGCUGGCCCUCUAUUACACACAGCUUUCGACGUACGCAAUUUAUUUCCAAGCGCAUGCUGAGUACCCUUGGCAGUCCAAUAGACCAGUAGUGCCGGCCGAUAAAGGUGGAAUUUGGGAGCAACUUCUCAAAGCUAACAUUGGACCGGAUAUGAAUCUUCAUUACAACUUGAACGGAAUCUUCAACAGAUUCCCGAAUUACCCAGCAGCGAUGGAUUUGUUGAAGAACGAUGGACAGGUGCAACCUGCAAACUUCAGGUCGCCGGUAGCCUCGACCGGCGAAGAAAUCAUAUCCAACCCGCAUUUAGCUGAAGGACCAGGUGGAGAUAUGAGUGCCACGGGGAACAAUUACUUUCGACGUGAUUCACAAGGUCAGCCACAGUUCGACCAAGGAUAAGAACAAUAUCGGAGACAUUUCCAAUCAUCGACACAUGAAGUGAAGUGAAUUGAAGAAAAUAUACAAAUUAGUUGAU